AUGAAUUUCAGGACCAUGGCCAAGAAGAGUGGAAUCUUAAUUUGGGGGAUCCUGCUAUCCAUCUCCAGCUGCCUCGCCUUCUAUGAGGACCUUCUCAAGUGUUUCCAGGAUCCGGAUUAUGAGUCCUUCCUUCUCAUAGCCCAGAAUGGGCUCCAUACCUCCCCACUGUCUAAGCGUGUGGUGAUAGUGGGAGCUGGCAUGGCAGGCCUAGUGGCAGCUAAGACCCUACAGGAUGCUGGUCACGAGGUAACCAUCUUGGAGGCCAGCAACCACAUUGGAGGUCGUGUGGUCACCCUCAGAAACAAGGAGGAAGGCUGGUACUUUGAACUUGGACCAAUGCGAAUCCCAGAAAGCCACAGGCUAGUCCACACCUAUGUCCAGAAGCUUGGCCUGAAGUUGAAUAAAUUCAACCAGUAUGAUAGCAAUACCUGGUACCUACUCAAUGGACAACGUUAUCGUGCCUCUGAAGUCAUGGCUAACCCAGAGAUCUUGGGCUACCCCCUGAGGCCCAUGGAAAAGAACAAAACUGCCACAGAUCUGUUCUACCAAGCCAUCACUAAGAUCAAACCCCAUAUGAAGACAUUCAACUGCAGUCAGCUGCUGUCCCUUUAUGACUCUUACUCCACCAAGGCUUACCUGGUGAAGGAAGGGAUGCUGAGCAAAGGGGCCGUCGACAUGAUCGGCGAUGUGAUGAAUGAGAACGCUGGCUACUAUAAGUCCCUCCUAGAGUCCCUGAGGAUUGCUACCCUCUUCUCCAAAAGUGAACAAUUUUCAGAGAUCACUGGUGGCUUUGACCAACUCCCCAAGAGCCUCAGUGCCAGCCUGAAGCCUGGCACCAUCCGUCUGGGAUCCAAAGUAGAAAGAGUGGUAAGAGAUGGGCCCAAGGUUGAGGUUUUGUACCGCACAGAUGGGCCCACCUCUGAGCUGCACAAUCUCACUGCGGACUAUGCCAUCAUCACUGCCUCAGCCAAGGCCACGCACCUCAUCACCUUCCAGCCACCUCUAACCCGAGACAAAACACAUGCCCUGCGCUCCGUUCAUUACACCAGUGCCACCAAGGUGGUUUUAGUGUGCAACGAACGCUUCUGGGAACAAGAUGGCAUCCGGGGCGGCUACUCCAUCACUGACCGACCCUCCCGCUACAUUUACUAUCCCAGCCACAGCCUGCCAGGCGGCAAGGGAACCCUGCUGGCCUCUUUCACCGUGGGUGAUGAUUCCUCCUUCUUUACUGGCCUGAAGCACAACCAGGUGGUGGAUGUUGUCCUGGAUGACCUUGCGGCAGUGCACCGCAUACCCAAGGAGGACCUAAAGCGCAUGUGCCCAAAGUCAGCGAUCAAGCACUGGUCUCUAGACCCCCUCACCAUUGGCGCCUUUGCAGAGUUCACACCCUACCAAUUUGUGGACUAUUCAAAGCAGCUCUUCCAGCCAGAGGGCCGCGUUUACUUUGCUGGGGAACAUACCUCCCUGCCGCAUAGCUGGAUAGACACCUCCAUCAAGUCUGGCAUUCGGGCUUCCAGCAACAUUCAGGCUGCAGUGGACAAGGAGGCCACUCGGGGACAGAUAGCUCUUUAG